AUAAUAAAUAUAUGUAUCCCAAAAUCUGUUUAAUUAUUUUUAAUCGAGCGAACAACUUUGAACGGUUAAAUGAGAUCUUUAAAAUUUUUUUAUAUCUUGAUACUAAUGCAAUUUUUAUAUAUAACUUACGCGGACUCAAAGAAUGGACUUAUGAAAUUUUGGAGUUUAAAAGUCAAACAUCCAAUACAGAUUGGAUCGACUUAGAAUACAAGUUGGAACGUAUCGGUCGCGGUAAAUUUGGUAUAAGCGGUUUUUUGCACAUUAAACAGGAUGUCUAUGAUGAUUAUACAGUUGGCAUUAAUCUCGAGAGAAGUUCAUAUAGGACUGGCCCCUUCAUGAGACAUCCCAUGUCAGUUGAUAAUAUUACUUUGACAGAAGCCAUGAAUACUUUAUAUAAAGAUAUUUUAAUGGAUACCCUACAGAAUUGUAGUGUUAAUGCUCCAUUCUUUGAGGAUAAAUUUGAAGCACCGUUAACAGCUCGCAUGGUUGAAGUGAGUAAAUGCAUUUUAUCUACGGAAAAUUUACCGAGUAUCUUGAUGGCCGGAUAUUACAAGCUGCGAACAGGUUUUUAUGGAAAAAAUAACGGUUAUGUGGAAUCAUUAACAUUGGUUGAGACUACUAAGUGACUAAUUUGAUGAUUUAUUAUUAAAGUUUUGUAUUUUUGAAAAUAUGUAUGUAAAUUAUUAUUAAUUACUUAACUAACUAACUAACUAAGAGGACUAAUCGAUUCAGAUAAAGGUAAUUGCCGUUUAAGAACCAAUAUUUCUAAGAUGUUUGCAACACCGAUAACCAAAUUAUACAUACAAAAUCGGAAAUCCAUUUGUUUAUAAGGUUUAAAAAGUUUGCUCAUAAUUAAUCUGAUGAAUAAUUUUUGGUUUUUUAUAUAUUUAAUUAGGAACCUUAAAAAGAUAAAAAUUAUUUACAAAACUUCCUCAAAUUAUUCAUUCUAAAUAAUAUCUUAACGAACUACUUUUAGUAGUGUCACUUUUGUUUGACU